GCCUAGGCCCCGCCCCCGCCGUCCAAGCCCCGCCCCCUCGCGCAGAGCGCGGACGCCUGACCGCGUUGAUUUGAAUUUGGAGCCUCGUUCCCUUGCGCGGAACGUAGAGCGAGGAGUUAGCGUUCGAAUUCACCCCACCGCCUCGACGCCAUUGGCUGGUUCGCGGACGGCGGUGAGACGCGAUUGGCCGGUGGCCUCUCCCCGCCCCGCGCCCUGGUUGGCCGGAGAGCAUUGAGGGAGUUAAAGAGUCGGCGCCUGCGGUGGGCCCUGCGGGGUGCUAGAACUUCCACGUUACCCACGAAUGUCGGUACGUCCUCCGUGGCCCCAGGCCUGGACUCCUGUCUCGAGUUGGACCGCUCUGGUUUCCUGGCUGCAGACGUGCCUGUGCGCUCGCCUAGGUGUGAAGGGGAGCAGAGAGAGGGACGCCUGGAAGCUGAAUGGUCGCUGGAAGUGACGUCCCUGCUGUUUGCUUCCUGGGCUAUGGGAGAUGUCAGCGAAUUAAAAAUGCAAAUAACACCAGCAACUCCAGGAAGGAUCCCUGUUUUAAAUCCCUUUGAAAGUCCCAGUGAUUAUUCUAAUCUCCAUGAACAAACCCUUGCUAGUCCUUCUGUCUUUAAGUCCACAAAACUACCAACUCCAGGGGAAUUUAGGUGGUCUAUUGAUCAGCUGGCUGUAAUAAAUCCUGUAGAAAUAGACCCAGAGGAGAUUCAUCGUCAGGCUUCCUACUUAAGUCUUUCUCGAAUAGAUAAAGAUGUGGAAGACAAAAGACAAAAGGCCAUUGAAGAGUUUUUUACUAAAGAUGUCAUUGUGCCCUCGCCCUGGACCGAUCAUGAUGGAAAACAGCCUUCCGAGCUUCAUCCCAGUAAAUGCCUAACUAGCAAUGGUGACUCUCCUGUUGGGAAAAAGCCGAGUCUCCCUUCUCAGAAAUGCAAUGCUGCCUGCCAGACUCUGUUGUCUCUUCCUGUGGAUUUUAAUUUGGAAGCCGUAUUAGGAGACUACUUUAGAGCGGAUGACUCUGUGGACCAAUCUCCCGGGAACCUCAGUUCUUCGUCUCUCAGGAGAAAGCUCUUUUUAGACGUGAAUGGGAGCAUCUCCGACUCCUUACCUUCAGCUUCUCCCAGAAGUCCUCCCAACAGUGCCCGAGGAUCUCUUGAGGGACAGUUUUCUUCCAGCCCCAUUCAGAACAAUGCAAAAAAGUACAGUUUGGGAAGCUUAACCACCAGCCCAUCGGCUAUCUGUUCACCUACGUUCUCACCAAUUGCACUUCAAGUAGGAAAGACACCACUGUCAGAGCACAGGAAGUUUACAUUUCAUUCUCCUGAAGCUUCCUCUGGAGGAAGUUCUACUGGGAUUGCUAAUCCAAGCAUCAGGAGUCCAUAUAUAGAUGGCUGCUCACCAAUUAAAAAUUGGUCUCCUCGGGGACUCAGAGGUGGUCCUCAGUAUUUGUCGUCACUGAUUCGGGUACCUUUUGCUCUUGAGACUCACAGUGAAGAUGAAGAAGACAACGUUUCCUCCACAGAUGUGGCUGCACUGGGCACAAAUGCUGUGGCAGCCCCCCUUCAGCAGUUGGACUGUGAGCCUUUGGCUUGUGGCGACCCUUUCGUUGUCAGUGCCAUGCCUGUCACUCAGAGUCAGUCUAGUACCUGUGAGAAAGACCUAGGGCUGCUGGGGGACUUUGAAAGUGAAAGGGACCAUGACACCGUGGAUAUGGUCGAUCCGAUAGACACAGCGGAUGAAAGCACGUGGAUAAAAGAGCCCGUGGGUAAUGGGAAUUCACCCAUGGCUGAGUUUGUGAGUGGAAUUGCCUUCAGCAUUGAGAACUCCCACAUGUGCAUGUCACCUCUUGCAGAGAGCAGUGUUCUGCCCUGUGAAAGCAGUAAUGUCCAGAUGGACAGUGGCUAUAACACACAGACUUGUGGAAGUAAUAUCACUGAUAUUGUUGGGACAGAAAGCUACUGCAAAGAAAAUGUCACACAGUCCUUUGAAGCACAAAUGAAACCUCAAGUUAAUAACAUAAAGCAAGAUCACACUGUGCAGAGGUGUUGGAUGAAAACUACAAGUCCAUCUCAGUGCAGCAGCCUGUAGUCUCAAGACCAAAGACUGCCACUCAAUAGUCCCUGACGUAUUUAUAGGGGACUUCGAGUUAAUGUGAUGGUGAUGGGGGUACCUGCUUCACAUAAUAUGCCUAGUUCCCUCCUUAAUGUGAAAAGCUGCAAAGGAAAUUAUGACAGGACCAGAUGCUCCAAGUUGUUAAAGUACACAUUUAUUUUUUAAAAAUCAAUAAAUAUUUUUAUAUUUGC